UACAGUACAGUACAAUGCAUUCCCCACACGCAGGACAGUGAUGAGACGUCUCUGAAUCAGCUUCUACUCCACUGACAGAAGGAUCUCACCCUCAGACUCUACAUUAUCUGCAUUUCUCCCCCCCUGCGACAGGUUUAAGUCUGAGCUCCUCACCUGUGAGAGGAGCGUUGGUAUAAAGGAAGUGGAGAAGUGUCUGUGGGGCGUCAUGUCUGUGGUUAAAAUCCUCUGCUGCUUGCUGUUAACCUAUCACUUCAGUGAAGGGAAGAAAAUCAAAGGGAACAGAGCAGUGGACUCGGAGCGGAGCACAGUCCUGAAGGUGAUGGAGCCUUUUGUCAGCAGCUCGUUCUUCGGGCUGUUUUUAGAAGGUGAGGACACCUGCACACUGGACCCUCUGCAGCUGCACACUCUCACCUCCUGUGGCUUCAACAGCAGUAAUCCCCUCAUCAUCAUCACUCACGGGUGGUCGGUAAGGUCAACUCCUGCUCUCCUCACGCUUCGCCGACCUGAACCACUGCAUACAAAACAUGGAGCUCACUGCGUAGAAGUAAUCUCUUGCACUUCAGCCCCUCUGCAAACAGAGGUGGGUGCUCUCAGAUUAGGAGCAUACACUAAAAACAGCUCGGUGGGCCUCGUCUCCAUGACUGAAGUUGUAAUCACACUUUUCUGUCUUCAUCUCCUCUGCUCCUACUUGUCCUCUGAAGUCUAUCAUUACCAGUUCAGGAUCCAGUUUGUCAACCAGAUGGAGAGGAUGGAGCCCUCUCUCCGCCUCUUCAUCACCGGAACGCAGGAGGAGAGUGGAAACCUCCGUAUCUCCUUCAACGAAAAGAUCUCGGGUAAUAAGACCUACACCUUCCUGAUCACCCUGGACCGAGACUUGGGUGAUCUGAUGCUGCUCAGAUUGCACUGGGAGCGACCGGCCCUGUGGAAGAACGUGUGGAGCCGGAUGCAGACCAUCAUGCCCUGGGGCGGCCGAGAGGGAAAACCACUGCUGACUGUGAAAAAGAUCAGCAUCAAAUCUGGCGAGACGCAGAAAAGGUAAAAGU